AUGCUGCUGCACGGGUGUUCUCCUUCCCCCCUGCUGCCCUCUGUCGCCUCUGCUGCUGCGGCCGACCUCGCUGGUUUUGAGUCGGUCGGUGCCGCGUUUGCCCCCAGCGGUAGGCGCCGCUCUGGCAGGGGCAAGGGGGGCAAGGUAGCGGGUGGAGCUAGCGGGGGCAGUGGCGGAGGAGGUGGGGGCGGCGGGGGGAGUGGGGGUGGCGGUGGAGGUGGUGGCGGGAGUGGAGCUACUGGUGGCGGCGAUGGAGGCGGAGGUGGCGGCGGAGGUGGUAGCGGAGGAGGCGGUGGGAGCGGUGGGGGCGAGGGUGCUGGUGGGGGCGGUGGCGGUGGAGGCGGGGGUGGCGGUGGGGGCGGGGGCCGGAUCCUACCGUGUCCGGCGGCCCCCUAUGGCACCCUGUCUGGUCUCUACCUCCCCUCGUUCUCUACGAACCUGCGUGCUGCCCCUCACUCCUCCCAGUUUCCUCCGACAGAGGCCCCGUUGCAGACGCUUCACAUGGACGUGUAG